AUGCAGAAACAUCCCGCUUCCCUCCAGGGCCAACCUGGCGUCGGCACGGCACAGACUGUUCAAGGCUUCCCCUGUUCAAUCUCUGCAUUAUUCCGAAGAAAAAUCGCCCAUUGA